GCAAGGGUACGGGCAGACGGCAACCCGGGUACAGGCUGACAUGGCUGCAUGUUAGCCUGGGAUUUUUCUUUAUUGUUUGCCAACGUUUAGUGGUCUGUUUUAAGCCAUUUGUGGUAUUAAAACGCAUCCACUGUCUGGACAAUCAUCGACAUCUAGUCAUUUCUAUUUCGAUAUUGACGCGGCGGCAGCAGUAGCAGAGGGAUGCUGGCGCCGAACAGCAACAGCAGUCCAGGCAAUGGGUGCCCUCCCCCGAUGACACCAGCAGCGGUCACCUCAGGGGCCGUCGACGGGGAGCAGCCCACCGCGACCGUGGCAAACACCAAAGAGAAAAAGACCCCCAUGUGCCUCGUCAACGAGCUGGCACGCUUCAACAAGGUGCAACACCAGUACCGGCUGGUGGACGAGGCUGGCCCUCCACACAAGAAAACCUUCACCGUGGUGCUCCGCCUUGCCGCACACGAGGAAUACCGUGCGUCGGGGUCGAGCAUCAAGAGAGCGCAGCACGCGGCCGCGCAGCGGGCACUGGACGAGACGUCCCUACCCCGUCCCGCUCCCAAGGGCGGUGGGACGGGCAGGGCGGGGAGUGGGGGUCUGGGAGGAGCCCUCACGCCCACGGUCGAACUCAAUGCUCUCGCCAUGAAGCGUGGUGAGCUGACAACGUAUCGGGUCGCCGAGGUGCCUCGCCUGGCAUACCUGCCCUCUCUUAAUUUCCAGGGAAUGUACAACCAGCGAUACCAUUACCCCAAAGCACCGCCACCCAGCUACUGUGCCACACUGGAAGUGGGGCAGCGUCGCUUCCGCGGGGAGGGCCCCACUGAGCAGGCGGCACGUCAUGCCGCCGCCACCCAGGCUCUGCGUGCACUCAGGGACUUACCCCUACCCGACCAGGGGCGCACCACUGCGGCCGGAGGGGCAGACGGCGACGACCUCAAGUCUCCCGUCAGUCUCGUGCACGAGCUCGCACUCAAGCGGAAUUUGCCUGUAUCUUUCGAGGUUAUCCAGGAAGCUGGCCCACCCCACAUGCGGACCUUUGUCACAUGUUGCCGAGUAGGCGACCUCGUAGCCGAGGGCGAGGGCAACGGGAAAAAGGUCUCAAAGAAACGGGCGGCCGAGGGCAUGCUGGAAAAGCUGCGAGAACUUCCUGGACCGCCUCCCGCAUCUCCCGUCCGGCCCAGGCGGCCCGCACCAACCAAGAAGAAGGCUCGCAACCUGGUGCGGGAGGCACGAACGGAUGGCGGGCCACCGCCUGCUCUCAACCCCAUCUCGAGACUCAUUCAAAUUCAGCAGGCGAAGAAAGAACGUGAGCCCACUUACACCGUGCUAGCGGAGCGUGGCGACCCCCGACAGAGAGAGUUUGUAAUGCAGUGCCUCCUGGGGAACCUCAAUACACAGGGCACAGGCCCAAACAAGAAGACGGCCAAGCGCAACGCUGCAGAGGCUAUGCUGCAGUGCCUAGGAUAUUCAAAACCGGUGACGCGCCCAGUCAUGGAAGGCGGCGACCAGGCUCCCGUCUGGGAGGAGACUCCCAAGGCACCCCAGACCCAGGGCUGCGAGACGCGGGUCGACCCACGUGGAGGUCGCCAGCUGGUGCCUGGCUUGCUGCUGGUCCCGGAAAAGUCCGCUCCGCGCCAGGAGCCCCUGACGACCCGUACGCUUCAGACGACUUCUGCCAUUGCCAAGGAGCUCCUGGACAAGGGGGUGUCACCCACAGCGGAGUCCUUGAGGCCUCCUCCUCCACCUACGGCUGCCCCUGCAGCGGCUCAAUCGGUCGCCCCGGUGCGCCCCAAGCAACAGCUCAUGUACUUGGCAGACGUCCUCGGGUUUCAGGUUCACUUCACGGACUUCCCCAAGGGUAACAAGAUGGAGUUCCUCUCUCUGGUUACGUUGACCACAAACCCACCGCAGGUGAGCCAUGGCGCCGGCCCCACCCUGGAAGCCUCCCAUGACCAAGCAGCGUUGGCCGUGCUGAGGACCCUGGCCCAGUUGGGACUGGAUGCGGUUGCGCCUCAGGGCCUGGCGCAGCCCGACGUCCCAUCCGCACCCCUCAUGUUGCAUUGAGCCAUUCCCACCCCAUCCUACCAUUUGCCUCUCAGUUUCCUCACACACAUUUGCAUUAUGGGGGUGGCGCGAGUAAGGAAACAAAAAAUCAGGUUUUCUUUUGUGGGGGCAGCGCAGCCAGCGUAACUCAGUUGAGGCAUUUUCCUGGCUUAACUCGAUCGUGUUGUUUUUACUUUCAUUGUUGGUUUUUAGCCGUAACACAAGUUACCGAGUUCCCAGACUGUGAGAAUGUCGCAAAAAUUAGCUCCGAAACCGUUGCUGCUAGACAGCUGUCCACUUUUUUGUGUGUUUUUUUGUGUCCAAGUUUUGUGACAUUCGAUCGCUGCAUUUGAACGGGCGAGGUGCCCUUCUCUUUUGUUUUGCUGUACAGAGAUCACCGUCAUAUCCAAAUUCUCGAGGCCACUUGCACCUGAUUUUUAAGAAGUCUGGCAUUCCUGCUAGUCUUGGUCCUCCCCUCAGGUAUUGGAAGGCUCAAAGGAUAGAGACAUAAAGUUGCUCUCUCGACUCACAAGAUUUCUUUUCCCUGUUCUUUUAUUCCUUUUCUCUUUGUUUUGUAGAGGUGUCCCCUUUUGAGACUCUCCACUAACAGUGCUUUUAUCUAAGUGCUCUUAACAACGAGUGGAGUGUUGAGAAUUGUUCAUUGCCAGGCGACCGAAAUCUGUAAUGGAGUCUUCUCAGGACCUGCCACCCUUGGUUUGCAAGGCUCUCCCGACGCGCUUUUCUACAACGAUGACCGCAGCGCCGUCUGGAGGCUCGCUUUGAGUUAACGUUCCGAAAUCACUAAGUACGAACUUGUAGAGACAUAGGUAGGGUUUAACGAUGGAAGCAGUUCUUCAUCCUUCUCAUCUUUGUGUUGAUCGCGGAAGAGUCGAGCCAAUCACUGUGACUUCAUUCGGGGGAUAUCGGGGGGAGGGGGGACUGCCGGAGUAAGGUACGCCGACGAAUAGUGUCCGGCGAAUAUUUGCUCCCUCUGCCUCGGGCAACUUUUAGCGGCUUUUGCUGGCUGGCUGCCGAGUGCUGUGUCGGUGUCCUGGGAUGUUUAUUUGUACACUACUGCUGCUAGAAAAAUUGCAUCCUGCACGCUCGUGCGUGACAAGUGACCUACUUGUUUCCUCAUUGUAAUUUCGAGCAGACGAAUAUAAUAAAGUGACACAGAAUAAGUUGCAUAAAUAGUA